CCACCCCCGCCCGCGGCCGCCGCGCCGCCCCGCCGUAGCCGCCGGCCGCCGGCGUCCUCGCCGGCCGGUCAAGCGAAGGCGGCGCCCGCGCCUCUGCAGCCAGUGGCAGCCGCGGGUCCUGGCCGGCGGCUCCUGCAGCCCCUUGCGGCCCCGAGUCCCCGGCCCUGCGGCCACAGCGGCCACUGGCGGAGGCAGAGGAGGAAGAGGAGGUGACAAACUCUCCGGCCCCGCGCCGCGGCCCGCAACCCCGCGCUCAGGCAUGCAGGCGCGGCGUCUAGCCAAGCGCUCCAGCCUGGGCAGCCGCCGGGGGGGCGCCGCGCUGCAGCCGGCCGGGCCGGCGCCCGCGCCCGCCAAGGAAGCCGCCCUACCCGGGCUCCCGCCCCCUGUCCCGGGCCCGGCCCCGGCGCCCGCCCCGGAGAGCUGGAGGCCGCCGCUGCCACCGCCGCCGCCGCGCAGCGCCGGGACCGGCCCCCCUCGGGCCACCGGGGCCGCCGCCGCCGCCUCGUCGCCGGUGCUGCUGCUUCUAGGGGAGGAAGACGAGGACGAGGAGGGCGGGAGCAGGCGGCGGAGGGGGCUCGGGCGUGUGGAGGAGAAGCCCCGAGGGGGCGCGGAGGAGGAUGACGACGAGGAAGAGGAAGACGAGGAGGUGGUCGUCGAGGUGGUGGACGGCGACGAAGACGACGAGGACGGCGAGGAGCGUUUCGUGCCCCUCGGACCCGGCCGCGCAGUCCCCAAGGGCCCGGCCCGCGGCGCGUUGAAGGUGGGGAGCAUUAAGCGAGAAAUGACCUUCACAUUUCAGUCAGAGGACUUAAAACGUGACUCUAGUAAAAAAAUGUCUCAUCAACACGUGUUUUCCUUGGCCAUGGAGGAAGAUGUGAAAACAGCAGACACCAAAAAAGCCAGCCGGAUCCUUGACCAUGAAAAAGAAAACACUCGCUCCAUCUGUCUCCUUGAGCAAAAAAGAAAAGUUGUUUCCUCCAAUAUUGAUGUUCCUCCAGCAAGGAAAUCUUCAGAGGAACUAGACAUGGACAAGGUGACAGCAGCAAUGGUACUAACCAGCUUGUCGACUAGCCCUUUGGUUCGAAGUCCUCCCGUGCGGCCGAAUGAGAGCCUCAGCGGAUCCUGGAAGGAGGGCGGCUGCGUGCCUUCCAGCACCAGCAGCAGCGGCUACUGGAGCUGGAGCGCCCCCAGCGACCAGUCCAACCCGUCCACGCCGUCGCCGCCGCUCUCGGCUGACAGCUUCAAGCCCUUCCGCAGCCCUGCACAGCCAGACGACGGCAUCGACGAGGCGGAGGCCAGCAACCUGCUCUUCGACGAGCCCAUUCCCAGGAAAAGAAAGAAUUCCAUGAAGGUGAUGUUCAAAUGCCUCUGGAAAAACUGUGGGAAGGUGCUGAGCACUGCUGCAGGUAUCCAGAAACACAUCCGGACCAUCCAUCUGGGGCGCGUUGGAGACUCUGACUACAGUGAUGGAGAAGAGGACUUUUACUACACUGAGAUCAAGCUCAACACAGACUCAGUGGCAGACGGGCUGAGCAGCCUGGCCCCGGUCUCACCUUCCCAGUCCCUGGCUUCACCUCCUACUUUCCCCAUCCCGGAUUCAAGCCGAACAGAAACUCCUUGUGCCAAAACGGAGACUAAGUUGAUGACGCCCUUGAGCCGCUCAGCUCCCACCACCCUCUACCUCGUGCACACUGACCAUGCUUAUCAGGCCACACCCCCUGUGACCAUCCCAGGAUCGGCCAAGUUCACCCCCAAUGGCAGCAGCUUCAGCAUUUCCUGGCAAUCUCCUCCGGUCACUUUCACAGGCAUUCCAGUGUCACCCACACAUCAUCAUCCGGUGGGCACAGGAGAGCAGAGACAGCACGCGCACACGGUCCUGUCCUCCCCACCCAGAGGCACAGUCAGCUUAAGGAAGCCCAGGGGAGAGGGCAAAAAGUGUCGGAAGGUGUACGGGAUGGAGAACCGAGACAUGUGGUGUACUGCCUGCCGCUGGAAGAAGGCCUGCCAGAGGUUCCUCGACUGAAAGACUCCCCGGCAGAGGGGCUCGGGGCCCUGAGCCGCUCCUGCCCUGGCCUGCCACUGCAGGUGUUGGAAAGAGCUUUUCCUACUGAGUAAAACACAGUUGAAGCUGGGAAAAGCCCUUUCAGGAACCUUGGAGGAAUAACAGCAAAAACACAGAAAAAUUGUUUAAGUCACCACCCAUGACAAAAGAAAGUUGCUCUUACUGAGAACCCAGCCUGGAGCAGCUAUAACUAGUUUUUUUUCCUUCAAAAGAAAAGUCAACUUUUUUUUGCUGUAUGUCUAGACUUAAAACUGUGGACUUCUGUUGCAAUUGAACCAACAAAGCCCAUUUUACCUAGAAAGGAGGCAUAUUUUGAUAAGCUUUCUGAAUUAUGCCAUUUCCAAGAUUUUUUUGACACUUAAAAACAAGCUACAGGUUAUUCAGUAGCGUUUGUACAAAGACCAAUACUUACUUUUGUUGUGAAUAAUCUUUUCCCUAUUUUCCAUUUGACUUCUUGGAGCAGUAUAUGUCAGGAUGUGUUGCAAGAAAGCGCAGCACUCUGGGCAUCUUUUCUAUGGCUUUUUAUUUGUUUUUCUUUUAAGAAUGACCCCAAACUGAACCAUGGUAGAGCUAUUAGCUUGUAGGGCCCCAGAUGGCAUAAACUCGAGAAGGGAUUGUCCACGGAAAUCACCAGCAGACUUCAGCCCCAAGCUGAGUUCAGGAAGUCCAGCUGUCACCGUUGGGAAACAUCUAGGAGUCUUCCUUGGAUCCAUAAGAAGCUCUUCCCCUAAAGGCAGCACAGCUAACUCUACUCUCUACCUGCCACAACUCAGUCAAGAACUGGCACCUGUAGCCAUCUGGGUAAGCCUCGAUGCUUCUUUCAGGGAUGUGACACAAAUGGCAACUCGGAGCUAUUUGUUACUGCUUGUCUGUCAAGAUUGUAGCCAGGUUAAUGGGUCAUUUUCCUUCUCUCCAGACUCCACCACUGACUGAUUUCAGAAGAGGUAGAGAAUUCCAAACUGUCCCAGCAGGUUUGCUUUAGGCGACAGAGCACAGCCCACAUGGCCCCACCUGUUGAGAAAGUCAUGUUAGAUCAACAAACCACUUCCAUUCUGAGUGCACUUUUAUAGGUUUUAUGCUUUAGCAUGUCUGGGAGAUGAGUUAAUUAACAAUAUAAACAUUAUGUGAGUAAAUGGAAAGUCCAAACUUUAAGUUUUUCUUAUAAAAAUAUUGGAGCUAUUCAUUUAAGAAUUUGCUCAAAAGGAAAAUGCUUGUAGGUAUAGGAAUUUCUCAAUUUAGUAGGGCCAGGGCUUGCACUGUGUUCCAUUUAUUGGGCUUUGUAACUUACUUGCUUGUUUGUUUGGGGGAUAGUGGUGUGGGGAAAGGGGAGUCAUCAAGCCCUAUAAAUAAGCUCAUUCUCUAUCUACCCAACUCUCAGUUGCCCUGCUAAAGAGUUAUUUCUCCUAUACCUAUGCAUAGUAGGAAGAGCACCUUAUAGGAGGCACUGUAUAGGGACAGGGGACAUGGGAUCAGCCAUAGGAAUGUUAAAUGAAAUUGCACAGAGGAAAGUUUAAUAUAUGUCUAGAGAUUGUACAUACACUUUUUUAAGCGUAGAAAGAAGACAUCUAGUAAUGACAGAUAUUCUUUUUAUAUACAAGCAAAAGAAAGUAUAAGGAGGUUCCACAGCACAACAUCCACCAUCUGUGCAUUCACAUAUUAUGGGACUUUUAUUUUUUAAACUCUCAUAUAAAUUUUUUAAAAUUACUCCUUGGAAGAGAUCCUGGUUUUUUUCUUCAUUUAUUUUUUCCUUUAAAAACAUUUUAAGAGAAGAGAAAAAGAGCUUCAUCUAAUUUUGCAUCCUGAUUACCAAUCAGUACUAGUCACAGCACCAGCAAUACUGUAUGUUUUAGACUUACAAGGUCAGCCAGGAAAUGGCAUUUUUUAAAAUGCAGAAAUGUGUUUGUUUCUUCUACUCUAGCAUGCCCUUUCUCCUCCUGGUGUCCUGUCACCCCCUAUGUAGCACCACUGAUGCGAGAUGAUGCUCUGGCCUGGUCCAGGAAGCCCUGAGCUGUGGGCAGAUUGCCCAAUGGCCUUGGGCGGCCAGAGCUGGUCACCUGUUUAAGCAAGUUCACCAUGUGUUUAAAUGACAGGGUACAGUCCUGGACCAGAGAUUUUUCUCUUCAGCAAAGCUCCCUGGCCCUUGAUCGUUGGACUGUUACUAACAGAAAAAGAUUCAAGUCAUGAAGUAUAAAAUCCAUCCUUCAUCCUAGAACUUUGAAACACAAGGAGGGAGAGAUCUUUGCUAUGGAGCAGUCCUGGAGCAAAGCCCCGUGGCUUCCACCCCCAGAUAUAUGCCCCAUGAGUAGUGCUGAGCUCCAGCUUAGCUGAGCCAAGCUCAGUCCUUACCUGGUGUUCAGCCAGUGCACAGGUAUAAGCAGAACUAUAGAGCUGAAUGUAGCUUCCCUGGGAUCUCUUCUCCUUUCUAAAGCAUUUUUCACACGGUUCUGUACCUCCUACCCAAGUUGGGGCUGCUUUCUGCCUGCUAGCCCCGUGCUCUGUGUACUUUUCUUUUCUGGCUUCAGGUGCAGAUAGACCCUCAGUACCUUCCUGGACACAGACACAUAUUCCCUGGACCAAGACAUGGAAUAACUAGUAGACCACCAAGCCACAGGUGGCUGGUCUUGAAGAAAAGGGAUUAUACUCCUUAUAGGCCACCCAGAAGGCUAUGAAUUCCAAUAUACACCACUGAUCGUGCAAGUUAGGGUUUUUUUUAAAUGUAGCAUUAUUUUGUUAUAUUUCGGAACUAAAUGAAGUGCCAAAUUAGCCAGACAUUCGUUUGAUGCCAUCUCUGUGGAACCAAGUUCUCUGUGUGUGUUCGUUUGGCUGGGAGGAGGGGGGGGGGCUAGGGGGAGGGGGAGGGGGAGGAGGAGGAGGGGAGCAGGCUGGCGGUGGAACUGGAGCCCUGGCCACCGCAGGGAGCUCAGAGGCCUAUCUAUCUGUGCAAAAGGCAUGCAAAACAAUGGAUUCUGGUCCCAAAAUAUUUCUAAGUAAGGCAUGAUGUAGCCUUUUGAUUUUUUUUCUCCUUUGACACCCCAGCCUUCAGAACAGGUUUUUCAUCUCUCUCCAAAGAAGUCAUUUCAUAGUGACUGACAGGACAUUCUCCAGAGAGCAACAAAGCAGAGUGGCCAGCAGGCAGUGGUGUUAAGCCUUGGGCCUUCCCAGCAGAUGUGUGCUGCAUUGGUAGGAGGCAGUGUGACAACCUGGAGAAAACACACAGGUAGCAAGGGAGUCGGGGGGAGGUACGAGAGGUCUGUGGACACCUGGCUCUUGCUCGUCUUCUUGGUGCUGAUCAGCUAGUGGUCACCAUCCCUAAGUACCUCCCAGGGAGCUGCCAUUUUCUCCUCUGGGAGCAGCUGCCUGAAGCAAGGAGAGAAUGACCUGAAGGGAAGUACCUCCGGCCAAGAGUGCAGGGCUGCUGUGCCCAGCCCAAGCGGGCCAUCUCUAGCAGAUACGGACUUCUCUCCACCACACUAGCUGAAAAGUUUUCUCCCUUGGUUGGCAAAAGCCAGUGUCAGGAAAAAACCUGUGGAUUUCUGACCAAGAAUGUGUGCACUUAGCUGCAAUGUGCCUGUCAGCAGCUCCAGGCACCAACAAGGUGCCCUUUUAUUAGACAGUUCCUGCCCGAACAUAACCAUAUUGCAGAUGAAAAUUUUCAAUAGAGAAUGACACAAUUCUUGACCUUUCUAAAAACUUUUCAAAGAGGUAGUCACAUGUGUAUAUGUUGCAAAAGAUUUUUGAAACUGAAAUGUCCUCCAUUAAAUCUCAAGAGCACUCGAGUUUUAAGUCUGCUGUUUCUGGUGUCACACUAAGCCACACUUUUGAAAGCAGCCCUGGGUUCUGAAUUAGUUGGCACUGCUGAAUCCAUGUUCCCCCUUCAUCAGAAUCCAGAUUGCAGCAUUCACUUGCAAAGGUUCAGAGAAAAGUGGCCAGAAUUGUACAUAUAACAGAGAAUACCUUGAGAAUAGUAGCAAAAUACUGUAAAUAAUAUUCAUUUCCUCAGGGAAAAAUAAAGGGCAUGCAAAAAUAGGUCUGGAGACUCCUAAAACUAGUAAGAAUUUUGUUAUCACUAAAGUCUUUUAUAGUCAGAACAUUUUUUUUUUUUUUCAAAUGAACAUGGUAUCAUUUCAAGACAAAUUUACGUGAACUGGGCAGUACUGACAUUUGUGAGGUGUAGGGGAGUGCCCUGGGAAAACGGUUUGGAGCUGACCUGUAGCCUAAGGCUAACAUUUGAAACACAGGUGCAAUGCCUGGGGGUGGGGGAGGGGGACGGGGGAGGUGGUAUUCUUAGACUCAUGUAAGGCUUUUUCUGAAUGUAAUUGUGAAUACAAAGCCUUGCUGGUCCUUUUUAUCAUUACCCAAUGGAUGACUGUUUCUUAGCUAUCAGCAGAAUUCCGUAGGUGAAAGCAAGCCGUGAACAAUGUACAUUUUGCUUUAAUAGCAUGUUAGCGAACAAACUUCCAUGGACUCUUGUGGACUAGGUGCUGCUUUUUCUCAUGACUCUGUAGAAUUGCUGUCGACCACAUCUUCUGUAGCACUGACCUGUGUGAACUUGGGGAAGAAUUUGUGCAUACAAAUGAGUGGAAACAGAGGAUUCAUGAAUAUGAAUGAGAAUGUGAAUUAUUUUGGAGAAUGCCCUGGGCACACGGGUCAACUGGAAAUUUCAUUUCUCUAAGAAAGUAGCCCUACCAGCGGCACGGACUGUCCCUGUUCCUCGUACCUGUGGGGAUUCCUCCAUAUUGGAACUGUUUCAUGUGUCUUUUUUGCAUUGUAACUAGCCAAACCUGAAGACAGUAAAUAAAAUGAGAUUAGCACUUUUUUUAGGUACCAGUUGUAUCACUGAGUAAUGUACACCAAUAGAGCAAGAAAGUAUAAAAUGUAUUUAAGACCAACUGGUUUGCUUAUUAUGACUGACUUUGAAACAGCCCAUAUCCAAUGAUAUACAUGCUUUAAAAGGUAUAUCUAUCAAUCAUAGGACCAGGAACCAAAAUGGGAAUUUUACUUCUGGUCCUGUUUUGUAAAUAGUUCCUUUUUUUGAAGACAAUCUCAUGUUUUAUAACUUUUGUUGUGGGUCUGAGAAUCACAAUGGUAAUAUGUUGUGGCAAAACGUAAUCUUUAAAUACAAAAAUAAUUAUAACUUAAUUUUCCAAAUAAAACAAGAAACAUACUGAUUAGGCUUCUACAGUUCUAAGAGACAUGACACUUUGGUAAUAAGUGUCAGUACUCUACUUCUCAAGUUAACUGGAAAUAUUUUACAAGAUGCAGUGUUUUGUAAUCACAAAGAACACAGACAUUUUGCGAGAAAUGACCUUGGUUUUAUACAUUGUAGCUUAUUUUUUAAAAUACAGUAUUUUACCAGACAGGAAGUGUUAAUAUUAUAAGUAAUUCCUGCUCACCAAACGAAGGGCUAUGUCUCUUUUAAGCAAAUGUUUUGAUGCAUAUCUUUUUAAUUAACCCUCUGCAGCAAGGGUAGAAAUACAGAUCAGAUGGAAUGGGUAUUAUAAGAGAAUCAAGAUAGCAACAGCUACUCCUUUUAUCAUUACUAGUGUGUAUUUUCAAAGUAUGGAAGAAGACGCCUGAAGAGUCAUUUUAUAUAUUUUAAAUCUAAAAAAUGUUAACAGGUAUGCUUAUAGGCCAUGGGAGAAAUAUUCUUAUAAAUUUUUUAAUGUAAAAUGAUAAAUUCUAUGUCACAAAGACAAGUUUACCACUUGACCUACCAGAAUCACAGAUACUUGCACUUAACUAGCAAGUAUCAUUUGGUGGAAAUUUCUAAAAUCAUAGUAGAUAGGCCCAAAGAUAGAAUUCUUAGGUGAUCAGUAGUGUUUAAAAUAAUUUUGUCCUGAGCACUAACUAUAUAACUGUAAUUUCUACAUAAGAACAAGUGCUUCCAAGAUAUCGUGGAGGGAAAAAAGAAAAAAGGAAAAUAAAAAACAAAACAAAAAAAAAGAACAAGUGCUUGAUUUUUCACUGUGAAGAACUGGCAGGCACAUGAGGUUGUGAUCAGAAAGUGACUGCGUUCCCAAGAACCAGGAAACAGAGGGAAGUUGUGAAGAGUUUAUUAAAACUAUACAAAUAAUUCAGAGCUUUGCCAAAACCAUUUCAUAAUGCUGUGCAGUUUUUUCAAGCCCACUCACUGUUAAAACAUGAAAGCAUCUUUUCUAAGAUUUUAGUAAUCCAAAAGCUAGCCUAAUUAGCCAAGUAUGCAGAUAACAUCAAAAGCAAAGCUGAGAUUGAACAGCCAUACACCCGUUGGGCAGCUCUUAAGAGGUGGUCAGAAGGUCACUCAGACCUUGGUUUCAAACAGGCUUUAGAAUCUGCACACUUGAGGACUAGAAAUGCGCAGAGUUAGGGAAAGCCACGUACAGCCUUGGCCCCUGAUCUUUGAGAUGAGGCGUCCUGCAAAUCUCUGUUUUUACUCCUUGGAUGUCUCCAUUGUUAGCAUUAAAGUCCCCAAGAAGUUUUUAUUGCUGUACGGUUUUGAACCAAAUGAGUCUCAUUUCCAAAAGAUUCCUAAUUCUAUAUAGGAGAGGUUGCAAAUGUCAGUGCCUCAGAAGGACCAGGCAAGUUCUGUAAAUGAUUGAUGUGGGUAAGGCAAAGAGGAACACAAGAAUGGUGGAGACCAGGUUGAACUGCAGAACACAUGCCCUCUUUGAAGGGGCGCCCACACUCAGCUCUAGACAAUCAGAACCAUGCAGAAAUCAGGCCCAGGGCUGCUAGAUCUUCUGACGUGGAAAUACGAUAUUACCUGACACAUACGUGUUGACAACUAACUCAAACUCUUGGCCAACACUGUGCAGACCAAAGAGAAGCUGUACACAGGCAGGUGCAGCCUGCGGCCCCCAGUUUCAACUAUUGGGAAAAGUGGAUUUCACAUUCCACAGCUGUCAGGUCAGGUUCAUCCAUCAGCCCCACAAACUCGCAUGUCGGCACUAUCUGGGCAACUAAAAUAAAAGAGGGUAAAAGAUGAUUUCUCCCCAGAUAUCAUUCUCAUGGCAGACUUGAAUAUAGAUACGCUGAGUUAUCCAGCUCUCUCACUCUGCCUCCUUUUGGCAUGCCCAGGCUGUACCCUGCAAAGCAUUGAAUCACUGUUAUCCUAAUUUUCUUACUGUUUUCUACCGUGGCCACUGUGAUGAGGGGCUGGCAAAGAGCAGCCUCGUGCCUUCCGAGAAGGCUGCCAGAAGCCUCUGAAGCUUGAAGCGAGCACACAUUGCCUCCUGGUGCCAAAGCCCUUGGCCAGCCUCCCUACACUCCUUCCCUCUCCAUCCAGCAUCAUGAGUCUUCGUUCCCAUGUAAAAUUACCACUGCUUCACUUCUGAUACAGCAGAAGCCUUGCUUCAGAACUGCUAGGCAUUUAGGUUAUCUCGGAGUGUCCACUAACCUCAAAAGGAGGUUUUUCCACAUACAAAACCCUAGCAUCUUUGAGAGGAAAGCAAAAUGAGAAUAAAUAUGUCAUGAAAAAAAUUAGAAGUUGCUUCCUUCAUUUAGAUGGACUAAGUUAUUUUAAACUGUAUCUUACAUCAGAGUGCUGAUGGUAUUGGGAUAAUCACUGACCCUUUCAUGUAUGUAAUAAGGUACGUCUCGUUCACACACACUAUUUCAUUUGAUCUUUGUAAGAACCCAGUGUAGAACAGGAAUAUUUAAAAUCAACAUUACCCACCUCCAAGGCCAACCCAGAGUAGUCUUGAACCCGAGUCGGCCUCAGUAUUGCUUGCAAGGAAGAGGGAAGGGGCUCAUUAAAGGCCUGGCUCAAACAUUAGUCUUCCAGACUGACUAGGGACGUAAGAAAACCCAGGGACCCACCAUGUUGUCAAACCAUCUUUUCAGUCCAGGCCUUUCAGCAUAGACAUAAAGAGCCCACCCGUUACUCAGUCAUGUUGCCAAGUGCAAACUGAUUUAUCCCCAUAUGAAUCCUUUUACUGUAGCGGAUCCCUAAUCCCUAAAUUUCAGCCAAUUUGGUAGUUAAUUAUAGGAGCUUAUUAGCUAAAUGUAUGUUCUGAGUAAAAGUUUUGACUCCUUGGGGAAAAUUUAUUUUGCUGCUAGCAUACAACAUUUGCUAUGUAUAUAAACUUAAGUCAAUGCCAGAAAUUUUAAAACCAGCUCAAAUUUAUAAUCUGUAAUGAUCAAAUCAAAACAUACUGUAAACCCAGAGUUGGAAACGCCUGGUAAUAUGGUUAAGUCAUGUUUAAAUAUGAAUGCAGUUUAAAUGACAUUGGCAAUGCCUGAGAUUUCUUUCAUUGUGAAUGGUUAAAAGGCAGUCCAAUAUAUGAAUGGAUUUCAUCUUACCUUUCUCCUAUUAAUUUACUAGGUGUAACAUCUUGAGUUUAGAGUAAAGUCAUUCACAGGCAGUUGGGUUGUGGAGCUAGAAGGAGCCUCAAAAAACACUUUUUGGCCAGACUCCUACAUCAUGAACAGGGUUUUUGAUGAAUAAUAUUUAUUAUUAUGUUUCUGAAGUAAUACAGUGUUGGAGAAGGAAACAGUUUAGUCCUUUCCUCUUCUGAUGGAAAAGAAUCAUAGUUAGUGCCGUUGCCAUGAGAAUAACAGGAUGUAGAAAGACACAUGAAGAAAGAAAGAAGAAGAAAGCUAUGGUUCCAAAAGCAGGUAACCAUAGAUUUUGAAAGAAGGUGGAGAUGGUGAUUGAACUGUAGUCGUUGUUUUUUAAAAAUGUUCUUUCAUGUUAGGCACCACCACGUAGUUAAUAACUACCAACUUCUAAAGAGAAAAUCCCCUUGAUUUAUUUAUAUCAUGAAAAUACUAAAAAUUAAUUCUCAAGUCUAAUUAACUAUUACAUUAUCUUGCUAGGUCCAUUUCCCUAAAUUUUUAAUUCAGAAAAUUAACCAGAGUUGGCCAGAUGCAGUGGUUCACGCCUAUAAUCCCAGCACUUUGGGAGGCCAAGGCAGAUGGAUCGCUUGAGGUCAGUAGUUCGAGACCAGCCUGGCCAACAGAGGAAGAAAGAGUGAAAACAAAAGAAGAAAGAGUGAAACCCUGUCUUUACUAAAAAUACAAAAAUUAGUCGGGCGUGGUGGCGCACACCUGUAAUUCCAGCUACUUGAGAGGCUGAGGCAGGAGAAUCCCUUGAACCUGGAGGCAGACGUUGCAGUGAGCCAAGAUUUCACCGCUGCACCUGGGGUGAGACUACCAUUAAAGAAGGAAAUUUCCUUUAAACAAACAAAAAAACAAAGGUGCUCAUCUAUUUCUUCUGAAUUCUCUCUACAUUCUUGACUUAAGAGGAAAACCAGCACUCUAGAGAAGAAACUGAGCUUUAACAGAGAACAGUCCCCAUUCUAGCUACCAGUCUUGCUUUCCCCCAUCUUGGCAAGCCCCAGUGAAUUUGCCAUUGAAAGAUUACCCUCCCCUUUGCCCUCAUCUCCCUGAGCUAGAGGCCAGGCUGUUGUUACCAUUUUUUCAAUUCCAAAGCCCCUGAUGGGACAUUCUUGUUUCUGUGCUACUGCUUUCUCUCUCUUAAAUUAAGGUGCAAGGGGAUAAAUAUUACUAUGACUGGGAUGUAAGGCUCAGUCAGUGUGGCUAUCCCCUUCCUUCAGGGGAAAUAUUCCAUCUGUCUGAAUGGUUAUAGAUGAUCAUGAGGAGAGCGGCUUAGUCAGCAGCCAGCCAGCCACGCUCAUCACAAAAGAUUUGUUCAGACUCACUGGAAAGAAUGACAAGGCAGAUAGCUAACCCUUUCACUGUGCCUCAAAGCCCGCCGUGCAAGUCACCAACCCUACCGGUCCUUUCCACGUGUGAGGCUAAUAGAGUGAUCAGAACCAGGAAUGUGAGCCGAGUUCCACCUUAGGAGGGGACAAUGAGGACAGAGCAAGAAGGCUCCACGUUUACUCACUCCAGGCUCUGACUUCUGCCCACAAUUAGAGAGCAUGAAAGCAGAAUUGGCCUUUAGUAUGUGAAAAGGAAGUGGCACCUGCAGCGUAUAAUUGUUAUUAUUUCGUAUUUAUGGAAAGAAAAGGACUCCAGCCCACUCGUGUUGUUAAGCACUUGUCCCUCACCCCACUGGAGCCCCUUCCUAUGUUUUGGGCACAGAUGCCUGGGACCAAGAGGAAAGAGGAAGAGCGGCUGCCAGAGUGUGAAUAUACCCCUCAGGGAUCUACAGCGGAGUUUAAUGAUAAACUACCCAUACUCUCCCAAAAAAGGUUGAGGAGCAAUGCAGAAAUUUGCAGAUUACAAACCCUUAUUUUACUUUCUAAGUCUUUUUUCCAUACUCUGCUUAUUGGAAAUCAGUGGCUGUGAUGUGACCAACACCUGUGAUGAUAGCAAAGCCCCUCCUUUCACAGUCUCCCGACUGUUCGGGGAACCUCCUUGGUCAUUGGUAGAAAGCUUUAGAAAAUACUUAGCUUUUUAGGGAAGAACUAAAAAAUCUCCAAAACAUACUAGUCCCAUGACUUUGAUAACUGAAAAUGUCCUGGGUGUAAACUAACCCAGGAGUGGGGAUCAUACAUGUUUAAAAAAAAAAAAUCCCUGAAUCAAUAUUUUCCUACAACACCCCCUAAAAUUCCUAUUUUUGUAAUUAAUGGUUGGACAGUGAUCAGCCAUUUAAACAUAGGCUUUCUGGAAUAACCAGACACUAGAAUAGUUUCCAAAGUGUUUUGUGUAUCAAAAUCCUAUAUACUUAGAAGAAGAACUCAGGAUAAGAAAAAAUCGCUAGGUCCCAAAGGGUUCAUGACUAUCAUCAGAUGCAACUGCGAGUGGCCUAUGGUCAUUUUUUCAAAUGAGAAGACUGGAGAGAGAGAACAACAGUAAUCACAAAACCUCUGUUGCCCUUAGUCCAUGACAAUGUUUAAGGAAACUUUAAAAAAUUAAGCCAUCUGAAUUGUUUUCUACACCAAAUCUAAAAUAUUAAAAUGAAAUUAUUAAAUAUUUAAAACGGGGUAUUUAGUGGAAAUGCAAUCAGUAGAAAACAUUGCUUUUUAGUGCCUGCUAAACAAGUAAAGGAGAAAGAAUGAAGAGAAGACAGCAGUCCUUCCUGUGUGACACUCAUGUGAAAAUGACAGGCAUUCACAUGCAUUGAGUGCUAACUCAAAAGCUAGGUGGCAGUGCUGUCCAAUGUUUAGAGAUCUUUUGAACUAUAAUCUUACCACCAUUCAGAGGUAAGUACUUGCUUAACAAAAGUCUUUAAUGUUAGUGAAUGAAUGUAUAAAGUUAUAAACUAUGCAUUUUCAAAGAGUAGCAUGUAUUUUGUAUCGAAUCCAAGUAAAUUUUUUUCAUAGCUACCUACCACAACUGCAAAUUCAAAAUAAACUUGGAUACAUAUCCUUAUGGGGAUACGGAAAGCCCAUCUAUAUUCUCCUACUUGAUGUUUUUAAAGGUUGAAACUUUACUCUGAAACAUCAGGCUCUAAAAAAUUCCAUCAUUAAGAUGAAUAAAUGGGAAAUGGUUUGUUACUUCUUAUGCAUAAAUGGGAAAUGUUGGCUGUUAGAAAAUGUGCCCAGUUCUUUAAAGGUGGAUGUUCUAGUAACGCUGGAUUAACAAGCAAACAAAACUGCAUGAAGUGAAUGAAUAUUUCAUUGGAUAAAGUUAGUAUAGGUUUUAUCUGUUGGGCUUAAUUCUCAAUCCCAGAAAAAAAUAUUCUUCAAGGGGUAUCAGUUAUAGUUUCAAAGAACAAAAUAUGAAAAUAUUGUCCAGCAAAGCAAAUCAUUGAUCUUUUUUCAAAAUUCCUUAUAUUUUGGGAAGUGUAUAUAGAAUAUCCACAAAUUUCUUCAGCCCUCUUGUUUAUUUCAUAUUUUCAUGAAACCUUUUCCCCUAAUAAUUUGUCCUCGCUCUUUAAUCAGUGCUUUACUACAUUACUCAGCACGAAAAAAUAUCUUUUCCUUCAUCUGACAAUGUGGAAAUAAAGAACUCCAUUUCUCUGUCAUUCUGGUUCUCUUCAGUGUCCACUGAGAAAGUUUCUCAACUGUUUGUAAAAUACGGGGGAAAAAAAAAACACACAUUUCUAAACCUGGUACUUAAGGUUAUACUGGAUUGUUUGCUACCUAAUUAGAAGUUAUUGGGGGAGGGGAAUUGUGUCUUUUUAUAUGAUUUUUAGCCAAAUCCAGAUGUUCUGAUACACAUUUCUGAAUACCUAUCUGACUGUAAAUACAGCCUGUGGAGGUUCAGGUUGAUAAACCUUUUACCUGACUGUUCCGCAGCCAUGCUCCUUGCCAGCUUCUGGCACAUUGUACAUAGAUUUGUUGAAUGUUUAAAUGAUGUUGUUUUUCUAAAUGCUGUUCUCUAAAACAAUUUUUUGAAUUUCUUUUGCUUUCCAUUGUUUUAGACUUUGUGUGUUCGUUUAAAAAAAAAUGUUUCCUAAAUAUUUAACACCAGGAAAAAUAUUUUUAAAUAAACUGGUGCUAAUUGAAACAGAAGGAAAUUUUCAGAUCGAAGAUGUACAAUGUUAAAUGUUCAUACCAGUUAAACUGCACUUUUCCAAGGGGACAGCUGGCAUCUACUUGAAAUGGGCAUCAAGAGACCACCAAAUGUUUACAGUUUCUGUGGCCCGUUUAAGUGUAAAAUGCAGAAGCGGCUCUGUCCCCCCAGAGUUAAGGAUUUGCUACACUGGUCCUCUGGAAGCAUUCAAGUAGAAGAAAAGGCUUAUAGUCAGAAUCACUUUAGUAAUCGUCUUCUGGUCCUUGGACUUUUCUGUUCUGUAAUGCUUGUAACAAUGAAUAUGGUGUUGCCAAUCUAGUCUGAUAUCAUCGUUGACCUGUACUUACUUUGUGGAUGGUUCUACCUGGGGUUGCACUGGCACAAAAGAGCCAGAACACUGGACUUUCAAAAGACCAUUUUGACUUCUACAGUGUCCACACACAUGAAUUUAAAUGCACUUGUAACUGGUUAAUUACCAUGAAGUAAGUCUAACUUCCACUUAAUAAAAGUUUUUGUGUAUCUGCUUCUA